AUGGGGGAGAUGUCUCCUGCCCAAGCGGAAUCCAUGUAUUUCAACAAUUACCCUCCACCCAAAGCGCUGCAGAAACAUGAAUCUCUAGCGCGGGCAUUCAUCGAUUAUCACGUCGAGGCGAACCGCCGGCUGGUGCUUGUCACUUCAGGAGGCACCACGGUGCCGUUGGAGAAUCAGACGGUGCGCUUCAUCGACAACUUCUCCGCGGGAACUCGCGGAGCAACGUCUGCGGAAUACUUCCUGCAAGCGGGAUAUGCGGUGAUUUUUCUGCAUCGGCAAUUCAGCUUGCUGCCCUAUUCCCGGCACUACAGCCACUCAACCAAUUGCUUCCUUGACUUUAUGGACGAAGCCACCUGCUCAUCGUCCGCGGGGGGGGAGGGUCCGAACCAUGGGCCCAUUGUGGUGCGCGAUGAGUACCAGGAUGAGAUGCGCGAUGUGCUGCGCCAAUACCGGUAUGCCAAGAAAAACAAUCUGCUGCUCUUGCUCCCAUUCACAACGGUAUCGGAGUAUCUCUUUGAGCUGCGCUCCCUAGCACAACUGAUGCGCCCGCUUGGUCCCAACGCGCUAUUCUACCUCGCGGCGGCGGUCAGCGAUUUCUUCAUUCCGCGCGACCGCAUGGUGGAACACAAGAUCCAGUCGUCGGAGAUCCCUGACAGCGUACGCCAGCAGCAGCAGCAACAGGGGCAAGAGGACGCCAUUGACCCGGCAGACGUCUACACAGGCGAGAACGAGGCCCAACCGCCGACUAAUAGCAAGAAACUAAUCAUCGAUCUGGACCCGGUGCCAAAGUUCCUGCACCGGCUUGUCGAUGGCUGGGCGCCAGACGGAAGCAUGAUUGUCUCGUUCAAGCUGGAGACCGACCCAGGUAUCCUGGUGUACAAGGCGCGCACGGCGCUGCAGCGGUACUCGCAUCACCUGGUGAUCGGCAAUCUGCUCUCGACCCGCAAGUGGGAAGUGGUCUUUGUCACGCCGGACCCGCCGCACGAACGCUGGAUCCGGGUGCCCAAGUCGAAGCGCAGCAAGAGCAUCUCCGGGGUCGAGGACCAGGUCGGGCUGGCCGAGCACUCGCGGCAGCUCGCGGCGGGCGGCGGCGGCGACCAGGCGAACGAGUCGAGGCCUCUAGCCGCAGACGAGUCCGAGCUGAGUCGCAACGGGAUCGAGAUUGAGAGUUUGAUCAUUCCGGAGCUGAUCAAGAUGCACUCGCAGAUGAUCAAAGCAAGAACUUGA